AUGAAGAAACUGAAGUCGUACAUGAACAACUAUGGAAGGGCUGUGUUGACGGACACGGGAAUCAUGAUCAAGGGCCAACAGUCCCUCCCCGCGGAUGCCAUGGAGGCCAGCGAUAGCUCAAACGCCAACCCAUUUGCAGACAACGAAGACCGUGAAACUCGCAACAGCUUUGACACCAGCUCGCUCAUAAGCUGCGUGACAUGCCUGAGCGAGAGCGAUUCGCGGGCAGAUGAGUCUAGUAGCGGACCCCUGCCGACCAACACUUUGAUUCCCUACGCCAAGGUACUCCACGCCAAGGAGAUAUGUGCUGUCAGCACGGAACUUACACCCUACAGGGACGAGGUCGGCGAGCAAGAAAGCUCGAAUGCCGGUGAAACAAUUUUGUCAACCUUGGUCGAAGUCACUUAUGCAAGGCCACGUCGACACGACUUGGUCCCCAAAAAGCAGCUUCUUUGUGUGGGAGCCUUGCCCUCGGGCGGGAGCAUAGUGGAAGAGAUCAUGUCGCGAAGCUACAAGGGCACAAAACGCAACAAGACUAUCCUCGUAAUCAUGAACCCACACGGAGGCAAGGGCCACGCCAAAAAGCUUUAUCUCUCUAAGGUCAAGCCCAUCUUGGCCGCUAGCAACUGCACGGUUGAGACUGUCGAAACAACAUACCACGGCCACGCUACGGAUUUAGCGAAAACCGUUGAUGCUGACAAGUUUGAUAUCAUUGCUUGUGCCUCCGGGGAUGGUAUUCCGCACGAAGUUCUGAACGGUCUUUUCCAGAGGCCCGACCGCGCCGACGCUUUUAACAAAUUGAUAAUCACACAGCUGCCCUGCGGAUCAGGCAACGCCAUGAGCGUUUCGUGCCAUGGCACUACAAAUCCUUCACACGCCGCGUUGAACAUUUUAAAGGCUCCAGAGAUAAGAAUAGACCUGAUGUGCUGCUCACAACCAUCUUAUAAGGACCAGCCAAGGCUCUCAUUUUUGAGUCAAACUUACGGCAUCAUUGCAGAAUCAGACGUGAAUACUGAGUUUAUUAGAUGGAUGGGUCCGGCUAGGUUUGACUUAGGCGUCCUUCUCAAUAUUUUGCAGAGAAAAAAGUAUCCCUGUGAGGUCCAUGUGAAGUACGCGGCCAAAACAAAGAACGAAUUGCGCGAACACUACACCUAUCACAAAAGCAAGAUCGGGAGAGGCGAAAGCCAGGAAACUUUAGAUGCCUCGAAGCAAGAUAUAAGUGAAUCAGCCUUUGAGUUAAAAUAUCCUUUAUCUGACGAGAUUCCCGAGGGCUGGGAAACCGUUGACCCAACAAUAACAAACAAUCUUGGGAUCUUUUACACAGGAAAGAUGCCCUAUGUUGCUCCCGACGCUAAGUUUUUCCCAGCAGCGCUUCCCAGCGACGGAACCUUUGAUCUCAUAAUCACAGACUCGAGAACAUCGUUGUCUAGGAUGGUUCCCAUCCUGCUGUCAUCAGAUAAAGGGCAUCAUGUAUUGCAGCCUGAAGUAAUUCAUUCAAAGAUUACAGCGUUCAGGUUGAUUCCCAAAUUAAAACACAGCGUUAUAUCAGUUGAUGGCGAGAAAUUCCCAUUCGAGCCCCUGCAGGUUGAAAUUCUACCCGGCGUGUGUAGGACUUUGUCCUACGACGGCUCAUACGUCGAAACCGAUUUUGAUUCCAUGUAG